AUGGCGACCGCCAAUAACGACCUAAAGUCUCUCACGUCAGCCAUUCAGAGCCUGCUUCAACUACAAAUUCAACAGAGUAGUGCAGGGAAGGCUGGAGGACCACCUCAAAUCGACGCUUAUAAUCAGUUAAGUGCUCGCAUCGAAAAAUAUACAUACGGGACGGCAGAGGAUACAAAGCCGUUCAGGAAAUGGCUUCUCCGUCACGAGUUUACAAUCUGCACGGAGGCAGCGUGUCUCUCUCCGGAAAUGAGAACACGUCUCGUACUUGACAAGCUCGGUCAAUCGGAAUUUGAUAGACUUGUGGACCACGUCGCACCGUUAAAUCCGUCGGAGAUGAGUCAAGAGAACCUUCUGGAAGUUUUAAAGGAACUCUUCCGAGACAAGGUGUCGGUAAUACGCCGACGUAUAGAAGUCCUGAAUUACCGAUACGACAAGUCUACCCCAAUCACGGAGCAUAUCGAUCGCAUCAAUCGCCACGCGGCCGAGUUUGAUCGACCGGGAUUGUCCGACGAUGGGUUGAGAAUACUGUUACUUUUACAGUCAUUCUGCUACUCGAGUGAACACGACGAGCUGAAGAGGAUAGCUCUCCGAGUUGUCGAGAAAAAUCGGGAAGCCUCCCUCAAAGACGUUGUCACCGAACUGGAAGCGUACUUAAACAUAUCUUCAAGCAUGAAAACGCUUGAAAAUCCGCUGAGCGCUGUGUCGCCUUCGGUUCUCAAAGUGACACAGCCGAUACGGUACGAUCCGAAAGUGCCGAAACGGUACGAUCCGAAAGUGCCGAAACCUCCGGUCAGUUCGUUUCAACCUCCCACAAGUGUCAAAUGUAACGGUUGUGGUGGCGAUCACCCUCGUGUAAAAUGCAAAUUUCGGGAUGCAAUGUGCAACAAGUGUGGCAGAAAGGGCCACAUCGCCGUAGUGUGCCGAUCAGAAGGGAAACAGCUGAAAUCUGUCGUAAAAAGUAAGAGUGUAACCACGCUGGCACUUUCUACUGUCAGUAAACGACGUCGACGUUUCGUGGCGGUAUCUGUGGGCGACAAAAUCCUAACUCUUCAAUACGAUACCGGUUCGGAUAUCACUAUCAUCGGGAAAGAUUGUUGGCGCCACCUGGGAUCCCCGGGCCUUACGAAAAGCGAAACGGUGGUACACGCUGGAGGAAGCGAGCUUGGGACACUCGGCUGCUUUCGCACGACGGUCAGUGUGCUCGACCGAGAAGCGGAAAUCGAUAUUCACGUCGCCAAUCGGAAUGGUGUGAAUCUAUUCGGCCUAAACGCCGUCGAUAAUCUCCAGCUUUGGUCUGUUCCGCUGUCAGAGCUGAACACUUCGUACUCUUUAGGGCCGGCAGUUGCGCCAUCGGCCAAAAGAGUGUAG